CCCUUGUAGUGUAACUGCGUAUGGCGCAUGCGCAUAAAACAACCCCUGUGUUAUCCUGUCAUUACUCACCCUUAGGGUGCAUUGACAGAAGAUGUCUGAAUGUAAAAAGUUGAAACGCGAGUUGGAAGCAAAUCAGAACAAUUUGGAGGAAGCUAAUGCUAUUCAAGAACAACUGGAAGGUGUCUCUAAGGAGAUGACCAAGAAGAUUUUGGGUAUCAUUGAGGAGUUUUCCACCCAAAAGAAGCCGCUUUAUGAUAAGCGACAUGCUGUCCUGCUGUCUAUACCACAUUUUUGGGCAACUGCUCUUUCAAAUCAUCCGAAACUAAAAUUGUUGCUGAACAAUUCCAUAGAAGAUUGUUUCCAUUACUUGCAGUACGUACAAGUUGUCGAAGUCGAUGUGAAAAGCGGUUUCCAGAUUAUUUUCGGAUUUGAUACUAAUCCAUAUUUUUACAACAAUAAACUAAUCAAGAAUUACGAAUGCCAGAAUGAAGAGUACACAAUGAAGAAAACUGUCGUUGACUGGAAGGAAAACAUGAAUUUGUGUAAUGAGAACAACGAGAAACAGGGACGAAAACGCGGUGCACCGCUGGAGAACUUCUUUGACUGGUUAGUGCGGUCGUCUAGCAACGAUGUAAUUUGUGAUAUUAUCAAAGACGACCUGUGGGUGGAUCCGUUGAGAUAUUUUUUCAUGUCUGAUGAUGCAAACGAAGAAUCGGAGAGCGAUAGCGUUGAAGAUGAUGAUUGUGAUGAUUUUCUUGAUGUUAAAGAGGAUUACAGUGAUAAUGAAUCAAAUUUAUCUGAAAAUUAAGUUGAAUAUAUCUAUGUACAGCAAA